UGGAACCAGAGGAGGGCUGUGCUGUGUAGGCUGUAGACUACAGACGAUCUCUGCCUGCCGACUGGAAAUCACAGACAGCAGCGAGAGCGUUGACUUCCUCUGCCACUGAUUUUAUGAGGAAAACAUAAAGACUCCGGUUGGGAUCUCUCCAACAAACCCCUCCUCCUCUUCUUAUUCCUGACCAUCUCGGACCACGGAUGAAGAGAGCAGCAGCGAUGCGGCGGCUCUGCUGUUAACUCGUUGGACCGUUUACUCUCCGUUUUUGUGUGUGUGCCGGUUUCAUCUAAAAGGAGGCAGAAUAAAUCCACAAUGAAGCUCAAACCGAACCAGACCAGGACAUACGAUGGCGAUGGCUUCAAGAAACGAGCAGCAUGUCUGUGCUUCAAGAAUGAACGUGAGGAAGAGGUUCUGCUGGUCAGCAGCAGCCGGCACCCGGAGCAGUGGAUCGUCCCCGGAGGAGGGAUGGAGCCGGAGGAGGAGCCGUGUGGUGCCGCUGUGCGGGAGGUGUUUGAAGAGGCCGGUGUGAAGGGCGAGCUAGGACGUCUGCUCGGCGUGUUUGAGCAAAACCAGGAUCGGAAGCACCGGACGUACGUCUACGUGUUGACCGUCACGGAAACACUGGAGGCCUGGGAAGACUCCGUCAACAUAGGCCGUAAGAGGGAGUGGUUCACCGUGGACGAGGCCAUCCGGGUGCUGCAGAGCCACAAACCCGUCCACGCCGAGUACCUGCAGAGGCUCCAGCUCAGCUGCUCCCCGACCAACGGGAACUCCAUCCUGCCGAGCCCGCCGCCCAACGACAACUACCCCCAUUACAGCGCCACCCCCACCUCGCCCUCGUUGGGCUCCUCCUGCAGAUAGGACUGCUCCUCAACGACGGGCGCCGUCCGGCUCGGAUGGCGCACUGAAAGUCUGUACAGUCUUGCAUGAAUCGAAUGACUUUUCAGAGUUGCGGCUCUCCUGUAUGUUUCAUUUCUAGUCUUAGCUGCAGGACAGACCAAAGCCAUCACCCGAACUUUGUGGAAGACUCGCGUGAAAGAGCAGGAGGUCGUCUCUGACAGAAAGACUGUGAAUAUCUCAAGUUAUUUUUUUAUUUUGUUUUGCUGGAGAUCACCAGACCGAUGAGCUGGAGCUUGGGAGGAGGGAGCUGCAGACCCAGCUGUAUGACCUGGUGAAGGCCUUAUUGUAUGAAUGUUGUAUUUGGGUUGUUUUAUCUCACUAAUGGUCUUUUUUUAAACUCAAUUUUAAGCAGAAUGAAAAUGCUUUCCCGUCAAUAAAAGAGUAAUUGACCCCAAAGCACAGCCAUGCGGGGAAUGUUUCCGGACUUAAUAAUGUCUUCGUCAUCAACCCAUGAUGAUGACAUCAGAGAUCAUGUUCUACAUGGAGUCUUUUUUUUAAAUUUAAUUUCAGGACACCAGAGCGUUGAUGUCUCUAGGUUCUACUCAUGUUGCAAGUUAAUGUAGGUGGGGGUUUCUUUACACGAUGUAACCAUCAAUUAACAUUUCCCCAAAUAAGUAAAUUUGUCUAAAAUCAUCAGCAACGCGAACAUUAAAAAAAGAAUAAUAUUGUUAAAAAUAGAAAAUAAAAAAAUUGUUGACAAUUCAAACUAAUGACAACAACAUAAUCAAAUGUUAUGCUUGAUAUGGCAUACGGUUGUAAAGGGUCAAAGGUCAACGGCGUACAAUCUCUGAGUCGCUAAGUCAGUGAGCUGGAUCACCGUCGUGGUCGAUAUCGUCUGACACGACACUGCUGUGUUCAGUCCGGCCUCAGCCGGCGCCCACAGAAGCGACGUGUCCGCUGACCUUGACUGAGCCAACAGUCUGUUGACGUUAAAGCGACACACCGUCACCGUUACGGUUUCCCACAGGUUUUUUUUUUAAGUGAAGGGAUAUAAUGGUGUAAAGUAUUUUCCUGAGGGAUAAAGUGCUGCUAUAGGGUCAGUUGAGUUUCUCAACUCUGGUAAUAAAAAGAAUGAAACAUAUUCAUGGUUAACUGCUUUUUAAACUUUUGUUUGCCGUUUUUAUUAUGUCUCAUUUGGUAAAGAUCGACCACUAAAUGACUUCAUUUCCUCGUACGAUAUGAGUGUUUGUUCCACCUGCUUCUAAGUAACAUUACUCGUGCUUUGGCCUGCGAUUCGAAAAUAUUUUAAUCCUGAAUUAACCUCAGAUUAUUUUCUUUGUUAAUCUUUUAUGAAUUGUCGGAUUGUAAGAAAUGCCCUUCAUAGAUUAUAACGGAGGUUUGAUAUCAAUAUUUAGGGCCGUUUGGGGUCUCAGACGCAUACUUUGUGCUGUCUCUCGGUCAUCCCCGUCUUUCUCUCUGUGUCCUGUCUGCCUCUCAACUUUAUCUUGUCAAAUAUUGUUAAAGGCAAAAAUGGUCCCUGGGAAAUAUUAUAAAUGAAAUCCAAAUUUUGAAUAUGAAGAGAGAAAUCCAAAGAAAAAAAAAAGAGGCUCAAAUUGGCAGUUCAUAUAACCGUUCUCCCUCCCGUGUUGACAGCUGAAUGACGACUCGAAACAUACAGACUUGUAAAUAGCUUUGAAGAGAAACAUUUAACGUGUUUUUAACCUGAAUGUACCUGUACAAUUUCUCUUAAUAUUUUAUAUAUUUUUUAACAAUGUACAAAUGGCAGGAUAAAACCAACGUGUAGAAACCCCACUGAGAAGAGUAUAUACAGUAUAUUUGUAUCGAUGACAAUGUGCCACGGGGUUAGGAUAUAGAGACUGGUUGAGUUUAUGCAUUCUGAAUCAAGAUCUGGGGAAAUCAAUCAGGAUGGUAUAGAAGUAAACGUUAAAAAUAACAGACUGGAUCUGGAGAGGUUGGGUAAACUAAAUUGUUUUUCUUUUCUUUUUUUACUAAAUGUAUAUAGCAUCUUGCUAAUCCUCUUGUGUGUGUCAGAUGCACAAGACUGAGAAUAGACAUAUAUUAUAAAAUGGGAUUUUUAAACACUUAUGUGGUGAAAAAGGCAGGACACUAAUGAUCAGGGACAUGUUUGGUAAGAGGAUGAAAAAUACACUUUAACAGACAGAUGUUUAUUUUAUUGUUUAUUCAACUGUAAUGAACACAUACUGCUUGACACUGUUUUAAGUUUUCCCAUGUGACCUAGACAUGCUUCAAAACUACAGCUCUCAAACACCAAUUCAGUUUCCACAAACCUUCAGCCUUGUUCGAUUGGUACGGUUUGAACUCAACCACCUCAAGCCUUUGUGUGUGUGUGUGUGUACUAUAAGUUGAUGAAUGUGAAAUAUGUGCCAAAUUGAAAAAAAGUGUUUUUUCAGGUGGGAAAAUGCGUGAUGUCAUGUUAUAUUACACAUAUUUGUCCAACUGCUUUGUGAUAAAGAAAAAUUAUCGUGAAUGAAACAUUUCAGAAUGUAAUAAUUUAGAGAUUUAAAACAUUCAUUGUGGAAAUUAAGACGAAGGAACCACACUUCUUAUUUUUACCCCAUACUGUUUAUAAAUUUCACUUCUCACAUAACUGAGCCCAUACGACUUUAAUCCAAGAAAAAUUUUUUUUUUCAAAUUUAACAUAAAGCCACUCAUCUGGAUGUUGCGCAGCUGAAACACCUUCUUCCUCCGCUGGAGCCUUAGUUUGAUGCUCGGGUCGAUGCUGGUCUGUGAAUUAUGAGUAAAAUAUGAGUGUCCCACACAGAUGAAAUGUGUGUGCUCAUGUUCACAAAUGUGAGACGGCCUGGACACAAACGCGUCCGCUCAAUGCACGGUGGACUUGGACCGCUUGAUUGUCUGCUGAACACAUUGUAAUGUCACAUGGAUGUAUCCGGAGAUUUAUUCUUUAAAAAGCAAUGCUUUCUCACCGUUUUGUCAUGAAUAUUAUGCACAGAAAGGUUUAAGGUGAAAGUGAUUAGAUGGCGUAGACUGGAAGGAUUGUUUUUGAGAUAAAAUUGCAUUAAAAGGAGAAAAAUCGUAUUGUAA